GAAACCCAAGCACGACACGGUCACGCUGUGGACGUAUAGUGGCUUGGGCCGGGGCACGAUCAAGGACGGUAUCAUGGAGGAGAUGCAGGGGCUGCGGUGCUACGGAGUGCAGGAGCACCACCUGACCGCGGACAAGCUGGCGGUGGUCACGCAGAGCAUGAAGCGCGGCAGGGACGACUGGGACAUCUCGCCGAAGGCUAGUCCAGGCAGGGCAGCGGCGGGGUGGCUGUCGAUCGGGAAGGGCGCUGUGCUUGCCGCUGUGUACUUGUGGACGGCGGAGGGCAUGACGUACAGGAACUCGCAGCUCAUCGCGCACUUGAUUGGGGAGCUGCAGAGCCUGGGGUUGCCGUGGAUCCUGGGGGGUGACUUCCAGGCAACGGUGGUGGCGCCCGACGCGGCCUGCGGCGCUUGCAUGCGCGCCUAUGGGAAUAGCGAGAUCGACUACUUCCUGGUGGCGGAUUCGGUGCAGGCGCAGGUGCAGCACGUCGAAGUACAGGAAUCGUGGCCGGUGGCACCGCGCAAGCCAGUCGGGCUGGCGAUCGAGCUGAAGGUCGUGGAGCGCAUGGUCAGGGUGCUGGAAAAACCCGAGGCGUUACCAGAGGUGCAGGUAGGGUGCGCGCCCGCACCCCCGAGCUACGAGCGCGUUCAGGAGUUCAAGACGCAGGGGCAGGCUAACAAGGCGUGGACCAAGUAUAUGCUGGUGCUGGAGCAGGAGGCUUUCCAGGGGAGCAAGGAGGCGAGUUUCCAGAGCUGGAUGCAGGAGGCGGAGUGCAAGAUGAGGGCGGUGGACCAGAGGCUGCUGCGAGAGUGGCAGGCGAAGUGGGCCGACAAGCUGGAGAUAGCGGCGGCAGGAGCGGCAGGAGGUCUAGACGAGCUCAGUAAGGCGGCAACAGUGUGGAGGCCCAGGCGCGCGGACACCAUGGAGAAGGCGGCAGACCCCUUGCAGGCGGCGGAGGACACCUUGGAGGAGUGGAAGGGGCUCGAAGAUUUCGAGGAGGAGGAUGUCAACCCGCUGAAGGAGGUGGCGCGCACCUUGAGGAGGCGCACGGGGAUUGGAGUGGACCGAUGGCAUGCUGCCAUGCUGCAGGGCGCGUGCGACGAUUCCUGCAGCAGACUGCUGGACCUCCUCAGGGUGGUCGGGUGCACGUUGAUCUGGCCGAUCCACAUGGCCGCGGCCCUCUUCUUCAUCACCCCGGAGACCUUCGCCGCCGACAGGGUGAUUGGGCUGCUGCCGACCACCGCCCGCGCGUGGGAGAUCACGCGGCGGCCGUGCAUGAUCAAGUGGGCGCGGGAGAACCAGAGGAGCUGGGGCUGCACUGGCCACGGGAAUGCAGCAGAGGACGCGGCGUGGGAUGUACCACCCAGCCAGGAGAUGGGCGACCCCGACGACGAGAGUGAGGAGCUGGAGGCCACGAUCACCGCGGUGCUGGACUUGGUUAAGGCUUUUGAAAAGGUGAGCGUGCACGCGCUGUGGGAGGCGGGCAAGCAGCUGUACUUCAACGCGGGAGUGCAAGCGGCGGUGUGUUCGUAUUUCGCGAUUGCGAGGGGGCUCAUGGCGGGGGGCUUAGUGUCGAGCGAGACCAGCACGGUGGCCACGAUCAUAGCUGGCAGUAAGUUCUCGGUGUGCUUCUUGAAGAUGGUCAUCCAGUCGACGGUUGACGGCUUGGUGGUGGAGAGGCCGCGCGCAAAGUGGCGGAUGUAUGUUGGUGACCUAUGUGUGCGUCUGGGACAGCAACAGCAGUGCAUCGUGCAGGAGUUCGGCCGCGCUAUCGACGAGUGCUUCGCGGGUUUCAACAAGCUGGGCCCGAAGUUCUCGGUGGGGAGCCAAGGCGAAGGAGCGGUGCUGGCGAGCACGAAGUGGCUGCGCAGGAUGGUGGCGAAGGACACGGCGCGCAGAGGGCUACCAGUAGUGAGAGCCUGCCCUUACCUCGGCGUGGACCUCAUCGCGCGCGGCACGGCGGCGAAGGCGAAGAGUGGGAAGCGGUGCGAGUGCGCGUUUAGCAGGGGCAGGAGGCUGGCGAACCUGAAAGGUCGGUGCUGUGCGGGUGCAAGUGCCUUGGGAUGCCGGAUCAUCGGCUGCGGCAAUUGCGACGUGAUGCAGGGCGAGCGCUACCAGGGGGGCGGGGGGGCCAGGGGCCUGACGCUGCAGCUCGCGCUGGCAGGUGAGGAACCCGCACUUGAGGUCGCGGAGGCGCCCGUCAUCCGCUGGGCGAGGAAGGUCUGGCAAACGGCGCAGUCCAAGGAUGUGAACCAGCAGCGUGGCAGCGUGGUGUCCAUGAUGGUGAAGGCGUGGGGGCGACAGCAGCAAGAGGUCGGGAUGAUGCCGAUGUGGGCGAAGGUGCGGGGGCCAGCAGGAGCAGUUAUCAUGUCCUUGAGGCGCGCGCAGUGGCCAUGGCCAGCCUGGCGCACGGUCAUCGCCAAGACAGGCUACGCCCUGGACAUGCGGGCGGUGUGCCCUAUGGAUGUGGUGGCGAUGCUGCGAAAGGACGUGCAGCAGCAGCUGUGGGAGGAGUGGACCAAGGCGGAGGAGUUCGCAAGCUCACGGCCUGCGCCGAUGGUGGCGCCUGCGGUGGCACAGCUGAAGGCGCGCGAUGUCCCCGGGCGCGCCGAGAAUGCAGCGAAGAAAGCUUUCGUGGGCGGGGGCUGGACAAUGAGCAAGCUGAGCCAGUGCAACAUCGCGCCGACGGGCAUAUGCUUGGCUUGGGGCUUGGCAGAGGGUAUACCAUAUCACAGGUGCUACAAGUGCACGGCGUUGGGGGGGGGGCAGCGGUUGAAGGCGCAGCCAGAGUGGCGGGCGGUGGCGGAGCAGCAGGAGGACAACUUGCUCUCGGCGAGAGGGCGGGCGAGGCGCCCAGAGGCGGACUGGGCGCUCAUCGGGGUCGACGAGGGCCA